UAUUCGUGAUGUUCAAAAACACGUACAAUUCAUUUUGUAGGAAAGAUAUUAUGAGAGACUAUUGACGUGGAUUAAUUUUUCCAAGAUUUAUAAUUUUAAGUGUCAUAAUUUUGUACAGGGUAGAAAAUUAUUUGACUACUGCUUCGAAGAUUGUAUAAAUAUGUAUAUGACAUCAAAAUAGUAUUUUACGUUAGUUUUUUGACAAAAUAGUUUUGUGCGUGGGUGCGUGUAUAUACAUAUAUUAUUUAUACUGUAGAUUCGGUAAACAUUAAUCAACACAUGCAGCGUGGGUAGCGUCUUGUACGAAAGAUUCCAACUAAAUUUUAUAACCACUCGAUUAAUAUGACGUUCUGGUAUCAUUGACAUCGGAUGUGUUUUUCUUUCUUAACUUAAUACUUCCUUAUUUAAAUGGCACAGUAAAUUACUACAAAGUACUUAUGGCUAAUCAUUACGAGGUGCCCAAUUGGGCAGGGAAGCCACCAGUCGGAUUACAUUUAGAUGUAUUAAAAAAUGACAAAUUAAUUCAGAAAUUAAUGGUAGAUGAAAAGAAAUGCUAUUUGUUUGGCCGUAAUCAACAGUUGAACGACUUUUGUAUAGAUCAUGCAUCUUGUUCUCGUGUUCAUGCUGCCCUUGUUUAUCAUAAACACCUAAAUCGAGCAUUUCUCGUCGAUUUGGGUAGUACACAUGGAACUUUUAUAGGUAAUAUGAGAUUAGAAGCUCAUAAACCUACCCAGUUACCAAUCGACAGUACAUUUCAUUUUGGAGCUUCUACUCGAUAUUAUAUCAUUAGAGAAAGACCUCAAACAGGUACAAGACCUAUUAUCGAGGAACUAGAAAAACUGUCAGAAGAUAUAGAUGCUGGUGGUUUAUUAGGUUUACCUGAAACAGAGACAGAACUCGAUAAUUUAACAGAAUUUAAUACUGCGCAUAACAGGCGCAUAUCUAUGCUGGGUAUAACGGACGAUGAAAUUCACAAACCAACGAGAAAACGAAAGAAAAAAGGAAUUACAUUUAACGAUGACGAAGAAGUAAUAAAUCCGGAAGACGUCGAUCCGUCGGUCGGCAGAUUUCGUAAUCUUGUACAAACUACCGUAGUUCCCAGCAAAAGAAUGCGUAUGGAAGGAGGUUUGCUAUCUUUAUCCGAAGAUCACAAUCCUUUGAAGCACCUUCAACCUACAUCAACUACACCUCAACUUUAUCAAGAUUUACCACCAGAACAGUUUACCCCGUCAUCAUUAUCUCUUAACCCGUUCUCUAGUGCAUUAUCUUCGUUAACGUCACGUCUUGGUAUCGCGUUACCAAAUCCGGCACCCGAAGUAGAGAUGACACCCAAUCAAAUUCAAGCGGAAGCGCCACAUGUACCAGAAAUACAAGGACCUACGGAAACACGAACAAUGGAACCAAAAAAGAAAAAAUAUGCCAAAGAAGCUUGGCCUGGAAAAAAGCCCAUACCAACGCUUCUAGUGUAAUAGUAUUAGGAAACUUAUUUUUACUACAUAGUUCUAUUAUACAGGUUCUAGAAAUUAAGUUAUAUAAGAAUUUGUGUAUAAAUUCGUCGUAUAAAGUUUCAGGAAAAACAUUUAGUUAACAUCAUAUGCUUAUGUUCAUAUUUCGAAACUUUAAACCGAAUAUAUUUUAAGCAUAAUUGUACAACAGCGUCUUAGAAGACGUACAUUAUUGAAUUAAUUCAUUUGUUACUUUGUCGCAAAGAUCAAAAUUAUAACUAAAAUUUGCUGUAAGAUACACAGGUAUAAAUAAACAGAGUUUUAUCUUA